AUGGUCAGGCAUAUGUCUACACAUCAAGAUGUCUCUGAUCACAAAUUCAGUUGUCCGCAUUGCAACGCGACUCUUCGAGAAAAGAGGUCCUUGGAUUACCAUAUAGAAAAAAAACAUCCAGAGUUUGUUGAAUCUGUCGAACGAAAUAUAUAUGAAUGCCCGAAUUGCCCGUUUAAAACUGCGGUAAAACGGAGACUUGAUGAGCACCUACUGGUGCACUCUGACUCAGACCCUACGUGUAAACAUUGUAAGGCGACUUUUAAAAGUAAAAGAGCAUUACAAGACCACAUAGUGAAAAAACACCCAGAGUUCAUAUCGUCAGUGACUAAAGAGAUACUUGAAUGUUCAUGUUGCCCGUAUAAAACCAUCGACAAGCACAAGCUCGAGACACAUUUGGCAAAACAUCCUGGCGCUAUUUCUAAUAUAAAAUUGAUUAAAUGUGAAUAUUGCGAUGAUAAAUUCCGGAAGAACACAAGAUUGGGUAGUCAUAUAAUACAAAAACACCCUGAGCAUAUAAGUGCGAUUACUUGUAAGAUACACGAAUGUCCGGUCAAAACUUGUAAGUAUAUAACAACGAAUAAAACCAAUAUAGUCAGGCACAUGUCGUCACAUCCAAAUUACAAACACAGUUCGUGUAAGUAUAGAACAAGAAACACCAAUAUCGCCACGCGUCAAGGUGUCUCUAAUAACAAAUUCGGUUGUCCACAUUGCAACGAGACUUUUAGAGAACGAAAGGCGUUGGAUGAUCAUAUAGUAAGAAAACAUCCAAAAUUUGUUGAACAAACCGUAUAUUAUGAAUGCCCAGAUUGUCCAUACAAAACUAUCGAGAAGAGCAGUGAGGGACUGCGAAAAAACUGGGAGAAAGGACUAGGCGUUGGAGAUACGGAAGCAGAUAAGAGAGAAUCAUUCAUAUGUUACAAUUGUUGCUUUACAGCCCUUACCAAACAAACUUUAAUCAAACACAUCAAAGCCGGAAAUUGUAAUUUGGACCCGCAUGUUAACAAAUCUUUAAACACACAUGCGAAUGCCCAUACAGCAAAUUUAUACGUUUGUAAACAAUGUAGUAUAAAAUUCAGUAAGAAAACGAAUUUAGACAGUCAUGUAGUUAAACAACAUCCAGAGAUCAUCCCGACACUUUCUUGCAAAGUAUAUGAAUGUAAAGUUUGUGAUUAUAAAAGUCGCCGAAAAUCUAACUUCCAAAGACAUAUGUUGACACAUCCUGAUCCUUCCGCAUCAAACAGUGCCCCGCAUACUUGUUCAGAAUGUACAUUCAAAACAAGCGACGUAAUUGUUUUGCGUAAACAUAUGCUGAAAGAACACCAUCGUUUAUCAUCUAAUUAUAAAAGAAGCGCGAAGUGCAAAUACUGCAGUGCUGUAUUCCGGAAUAAUACAAAUUUAGGCGGUCAUAUAUUGAGAAAACACCCGGAGCAUAUAUCUGAAGUUACUUGUAAGAUACAUGAAUGUCCAGUCCCACCUUGCAAGUAUAGAACAACAGAAAGUAGGCAUAUGGUCAGGCAUAUGUCGACGCAUCAAGAUGUCUCUGAUCACAAAUUCAGUUGCCCACAUUGCAACGCGACUUUCAGAGAAACCAGGACGUUGGAUGAUCAUAUAGUCAAGAAACAUCCAGAGUUUGUUGAAUCGGUUAAACGAAGUAUAUACGAAUGCCCAAAUUGCCCGUAUAAAACUGUUGUAAAACAGAGACUUGAGGAGCAUCUCCUGGUGCAUUCUGACACAGUCCCUAUGUUGAUUCUCAAUACAUGUACACAUUGCAAAGCGACUUUCAAGAGGGGGAGAGCAUUAGAAGAUCACAUAGUGAAAAAACACCCGGAGUUCAUAUCGUCGGUGACGAGAGAGGUACAUCAGUGUCCGUGUUGUUCAUACAGGACUAUCGACAAGCACAAGCUCGAAACACAUUUGGUGAAACAUCCUGAUGCCGUUUCCAGGAUAAAAUUGAUUAAGUGUGAAUAUUGCAAUGACGUAUUUCGGAAGAACACAAGAUUAGGCAGUCAUAUAAUACAAAAACACCCCGAGCAUAUAAAUGCGAUUACUUGUAAGAUACAUGAAUGUCCACUCCCAAGUUGUAAGUAUAUAACAACGAAUAAAACCAAUAUUGUCAAGCAUAUGUCGUCGCAUCCGAAUAUCUCUAAAUUCAAACUAAGUUCAGGUUCCACAGAUACAACAACAACAAACGCCAAUAUAGUAAUGCAUAAGUCGACACAGCAAGAUAUCUCUAAUCACAAAUUCAGUUGUCCACAUUGCAGCGAAACUUUCAGAGAAAGAAAGGCGUUGGACGAUCAUAUAGUAAAAAAACAUCCAGAAUCUGUUGAACAAACCGUAUAUUACGAAUGCCCCAAUUGCCCAUACAAAACCAUCGAGAAUAGCAAGUUCGACAGUCAUAUACUGACACAUCUUAAAUCUGACGAUGAUGCACUUUGUUGUGCAAAAUGUGCAUUCAAAGCAAGAGACAUAAGUAUUUUGCGCACGCACAUGCGAAAACAUUCUCGUUCGUCAUCUAAAAAUAAAAGAAACGCGGAGUGCAGACAUUGCGAUGCUGUAUUUCGGAAUAACUCAAAUUUAGGCGGGCAUAUAUUGCUGAAACACCCUGAGCAUAUAUCUGAAGUUACUUGCAAGAUACACGAAUGUCCAGUCUCGACUUGUCCCUACAAAACGACAACAAAAAACAAUUUGGUCAAGCACAUGUCGACGCAUCCAGAUGUCUCUAAUUACAAAGUCAGCUUAUGCCCAGUCCCAACUUGUAAUUACAGAACAACAGCAAAACACUAUAUGGUCAGUCACAUGAAAACGCACCAAGACGAGAAAUCAAGAUUAUGCGUACAUUGCAACGCGAUUUUUAAACAAAGCAAAUCGUUAGAUGAUCAUGUAUUGAAAAAGCACCCUGAGUUUAUUGAUACGAUUAAAAGAACUAUAUAUGAUUGCCCGAAUUGCUCGUAUAGAACUGUAUUCAAACAAGGGCUGGAUCAGCACUUGUUGGUACAUCCUGACGCAGUUUCUAACCGUAUUCUCGACACGUGUAUACAUUGCGAAAAGACAUUUAAAAAGGCGAAGACGUUAGAAGACCACAUAGUAAAAAAGCACCCGGAAUUCAUAUCGACGGUGACAAGAAAUGAGGGACUGCGAAAAUACUGGGAGAAAGGACUAGACGUUGGAUAUACGGAAGCAGAUGAGGGAGGAUCAUUCAUAUGCUAUAAUUGUGGCUAUACAGCCCAUAAUAAACACACUUUAAUGAAACACAUCAAAGUCGACAAUUGUAAUUUGAAUACCGAUUCUAUCGCAUUCACAAUAGCUGAUCCGGGAAACGUGUACGUUUGUACACAAUGCAGUAAAGAAUUCGCUAAGAAAAUGAAUUUAGACAAUCAUGUAGUUAAAGAGCAUCCAGAGAUCAUUCCGACGCUUUCUUGCAAAAUAUACGAAUGUAAUGUUUGCGAUUAUAAAACGAUCCGGACGUAUGACUUCAACAGACAUAUAUCGACACAUCCAGAUGCUUCUGUAUCAAACAGUAGCGAACAUACUUGUUCAGAAUGUACAUUCAAAACAAGCGACAUAAGUAUUUUGAACGAUCAUUUGCGAAAAACACACGCUCGUUCACAAUCUAAAGUAGCUAUGAAAUGUAUGCAUUGCAACGCUACAUUUCUAAAAAAGAUAAAUUUAGACGCUCAUAUAUUGAACAAACACCCUGAAUAUACAUCGACAGUUGCUCGUAAGAUCCACGAAUGUCAAAUCACAAAUUGUAAGUAUAGAACAACGAUAAAAACCAAUUUGUUCAGUCAUAUGAAAACACACCAAGAUGACAAAAGUGUAUGUGCGCAUUGCAACGCUACAUUUAAACAAAGACGGUCACUGGAUGACCACAUAGUAAAAAAACACCCAGAGUUUGUUCAAUUUGUCGGACGCAUCAUAUUUGAAUGCCCAAAUUGCCCAUAUAAAACUGUUUCAAAACACAAGCUGGAUGAGCAUGCAAUCGUGCAUUCUGAGACAGCCUCGACAAAAGGAUCGUAUAAAUGUAUCCAUUGUGAUGCGAUAGUGAGACGAGAGAGGACAUUGGAGGAUCACAUAGUGAGAAAACAUCCGGAAUUCAUAUCGUCAGUGACGAGAAAGAUACUUAAAUGUCCGAAAUGCCCAUAUAAAACUGUCGGGAAGAACAAUCUAGACAAACAUGUGUUGAUACAUCCCGAUAUGUCUGCAUCGAACAGCGGCACGCACACUUGCGCAAAAUGCGCAUUCCAAACCAGCGACAUGAAUGUUUUACGCACGCACGUGCGAAAACAACACCCUCGCUUGUCAACGAAAAAUAAAAGAAGUGCUCAGUGCAAACAUUGCCAUGCUAUAUUUCGAAAUAACUCAAAUUUAGGCGGGCAUAUAUUGGUGAAACACCCAGAGCAUAUUUCUGAAAUUACUUGUAAGAUACACGAAUGUCCGGUCUCGACUUGCAACUAUAGAACGACAACAAAGAACAAUCUGGUCAAGCAUAUGUCGACGCAUCCAGACGUCUCUAAUUACGAAGUCAAUAUAUGUCCGGUCGCUACUUGUAAUUAUAGAACGACAGCAAAACACUAUAUGGCCAGUCAUAUGAAAACGCACCAAGAUGACAAAUGCAGUUUAUGCGCACAUUGCAACGCGACUUUCAAACGAAAAGUAUCGCUAGAUGAUCAUAUAUUGAAAAAACACCAAGAGUUUGCUGAUUCGAUCAAAAGGACCAUAUACGAAUGCCCAAAUUGUCCGUAUAAAACUGUUUUAAAACAAGGAAUUGAUCAGCAUCGACUGGUGCAUCCUGACACAGUUUCUAAGCGCGUGCUCAAUACGUGUAUACAUUGCGAGGCGACCUUCAAAAAGCAAAGGACGUUAGAGGAUCACAUUGUGAAAAAACAUCCAGAAUUCAUAUCUGCUUCGAAAGAGAAAUACUGGGAAAGCGGACUAGGUAAGGCACCUAGAAGGGUAAAGGGCAAAAUAUUAACUUGCUAUAAUUGUAACCAUACAACUAACAAUAAAAGAAGCUUGAGAUGUCACAUUACAAAAAAUUGCACUUUGAAUACCGGUUGGAAGAAGUCGUUUAUGUCGACGAUUAACACAGAUCCUUCUACUGCCACACUCUACCAAUGUCCGGAUUGCACGUAUAGGACUACCGAAAAAAUCACUUUGGAUAAACAUAUUGUGCAACAUCCUAACGCAGCAUCUCGAUACAACAGAGCUCUGAUGGUGUGCGUACAUUGUAACCGGACUUUCAAAAAGAAACCGGCAUUAGACGAUCAUAUACUAAAAAAACAUCCAGAUUUUAUUGGGUCAAUAACCUCGAAAAUAUACCAGUGUCCGAAUUGCCCGCAUAGAACUGUCAGCAUGCUUUACCUGAACAGACAUCUGGUGAACCAUCGCCAUCGCGAUAUUAAAACUGUCAACUGUGCACAUUGCGACAUGACAUUCAGUCAUGUCACGACGCUGAAUCACCAUAUCAUAAAGACACAUCCGGAACAUAUAGGCUCAAUCACCGAAAAAAUAUACGAGUGUACGGAGUGCACAUUCAAAACGGGCUACAGAACCCAUUUGAAAAACCACAUGUUUACACACGGCGCUACAGACAACAGAUGCGUGCAUUGCAAUAAAUAUUUGCAAUCGAAACGCACUCUGGAGGGUCAUAUAGUGAGAAAACAUCCGGAGUUUAUCGAAACGGUAAAAAGAAAAACGUACGAAUGCCCAAAUUGCACGUAUAAAGGUAUCGACAAUGGCGAGUACGAGAAACAUAUACUGAAACACUACGGCGUUAAGUCCGCGCCAAUUUUUAUGUGUAUACAUUGCAACGAUACUUUCCUAGACAAAUUUUGUCUAGACGAGCACAUAAUCAGAAAGCAUCCGGAACACACGGCGUCCCUCAAACGAAAAAUACAUCAGUGCGCAUACUGUUCCUAUAAAACGGCUAGAAAAUUUGCUCUAAACAAACAUCUAUUGUCCGAUUGCGUCGGAGCCAAAAAAAAUACGUCUGAUAAUACUUGUCUACAUUGCGAAGCUACAUUUCCCGAUAACGUAGCGUUAAACGAUCACAUAAUAAAAGAUCAUCCCAAUUAUGUAACCGCAUCCUCAAUUACCAGCAAUGUAUACAAAUGUACAGAAUGCUCGUAUACAACGCUUACGAAAGCGCACUUGACGCGACAUCUGGCGACACACAGCGCUGCGACUAUCAAGUGUCAACAUUGCGAGGCGCAUUUCAAACAAGAUCGAGCUUUAGACGUGCAUAUUGUAAAAGAUCAUCCGGAGUUUAUUUCAUCGGUUACAAAAUUAUACAGUUGUUCGGAAUGCGCGUAUACGACGCUUAAAAAGGGCCAAUUGAACAGACAUUCGGCGACGCACAGUGCUGCGGCUAUCAAGUGUGACCAUUGCGGGGCGAAUUUUAAACAAGACCGGAAUUUGGAAGCGCAUAUCGUUAAAAAUCAUCCUGAGUUUAUUUCGUCGGUGAAAAGAAAAGUGUAUCAUUGCGAUAGCUGCAGUUAUAAAACGAUUGAAAAAUUGAUGACAGCAAGAAACGCUCGAUGA